ACGCACAUCGUCCCUGACAAGGUAACCCAUGGUUACUGAGCUGGAUCAGUUGAGGGGCAGAGAGCUUCCCCUCCCCACUGCGCUAUAAAGAGGCACAGCCAGGGGACCCUACCAGCUUCCAGCUCUCAGCCUGGAUGAAGGUGUGCUGGCGGAGCCCCCAGGCCCCCGGAGGGAAGUCCACCGGCUGCAGAAGCAAGGCCAGCAUGUCCGCUACCUUCAAACUUCAGUGUCACUUCAUCCUGAUCGUCCUGGUGGCUCUGAGAGGCGAGGGUCGGUACCUAGAGCUGCGGGAAGCGGCGGACCAGGACCGGUUCCUCCUCUUCGGCUCAGACCUGAAGCGGGCGCUGGAGGGGGAGCAGCCCUACCGCCGCGCCCUGCGCUGCCUGGACCUGCUGAGCCUCCCGGGCCAGUUCACCUUCACCGCCGCCCGGCCGCAGCUCCACUGCGCCGCCUUCUUCAUCAGCGAGCCCGAGGAGUUCAUCAGCGUCCGCUACGACGCGGUGGCCAUCGACUGUCAGGGCGGGGACUUCCUGCAGGUAUUUGAUGGUUGGAUUCUCAAGGGGGAGAAGUUUCCCAGUUCCCAGGACCAUCCUCUGCCCACCACGGAGCGGUACGUCGACUUCUGCAAGAGUGGUCUUAGCCGAAGGACCAUCAGAUCCUCCCAGAAUGUGGCUAUGGUCUUCUUCCGAGUCCAGGAGCCAGGGAACGGAUUCACGUUAACCAUCACGACGGAUCCUAAUCUCUUUCCCUGCAAUGUCAUCUCCCAGACCCCAAAUGGGAGGUUUUCCCUGGUGGUCCCACACCAGCAUCGCAAUUGCAGCUUCUCCAUAAUUUACCCUGCCGCGAUAAAAAUAUCUGAUCUCACCCUGGGGCACUUCCGUGGUCUUCCGUUCAAGAAACCCUCAGUGGGCUGUGCGGGAGUAGGAGACUUUGUGGAGCUGCUGGGAGGAACGGGAUUGGACCCUUCUAAGAUGACACCUUUAGCUGGCCUCUGCCACCCCUUUCAUGGCCCUGCCCAAAUGAAGAUCGCUUGCGACAACACUGUGGUGCGCAUGGUCUCCAGCGGGCAGCACAUCAAUCGCGUGACUUUUGAAUAUCGUCAGCUGGAGCCAUAUGAACUGGAAAGCCCCGACGGGAACAGCAUCAGGGAAUUCUGUUUGUCUCCUCUCUAAAGAGUCAACCUGGUGAUCUCCAUGCUGCUAGCGAAGGGGUUUUAAAUGGCGAUGACGUAGGAUUUUGAUGAUCACUCGAUGACAAGCUCACACCAAUCCGUAUUCCCAGCCUAGAGCACCUACCGUGCACACAUGACCGCGUUCCUUUUUGUACCCCGCUGCUCCUUCGUCUGUGAUAUGUAAGUGGUUCCGGGACAGAAAGGACGCCCCCUUUGGUAGAAAACAGGAUUGAAUGGCAGUGCCGGCAAUUUCUAGGUGUGCCACAAGCCUGAAGCAGUAGGCCAAGCAGGGCCCAGUGUAAAGAUUGUAUCUCAAGGGGAAAUCCGAUAGAGAAACUAGACCGGUGAUGUCCAGACAAAUUUCCUAAGAGGAAAAAUCCCAUGUCUUGUGUAUGCUGACAUAGUGGCACCUGUUGGUUUUCUAUUUAUGUUCUAGAUCGGAGUUGUGUCUACUAUUAUUUAUUGAUUUGUAACCACUUGUUUUUAACAAAACUUUGUAGCAUGGAAAUGAAUUUCCAUUCAAUAGGAACAUAAAUAAAUAUACUCAGAAUAUUGA